CGGCGCGCCCGGAAGAAGCGGGGCAGCCUGGCUGGGGCGAUGGCCCCGCGGCGGGCGCGGGAGCCGGGAGAAGGAGGCGGCGGCGGCGGCGGCGGCCGGCGGCUUGGAGGGCUGCUGGCGGCGGCGCUGGCGGUGGUGUGGCUGGCGAGGGGCGCGCAGGGCUUCGGCGACGAGGAGGAGCGGCGCUGCGACGCCAUCCGCAUCGCCAUGUGCCAGAACCUGGGCUACAACGUCACCAAGAUGCCCAACCUGGUGGGCCACGAGCUGCAGACCGACGCCGAGCUCCAGCUCACCACCUUCACGCCCCUCAUCCAGUACGGCUGCUCCAGCCAGCUGCAGUUCUUCCUGUGCUCGGUCUACUUCCCCAUGUGCACGGAGAAGAUCAACAUCCCCAUUGGCCCCUGCGGCGGCAUGUGCCUCUCGGUCAAACGCCGCUGUGAGCCGGUCCUGAAGGAAUUUGGCUUCUCCUGGCCGGAAAGCCUGAACUGCAGCAUUCCCCCACAGAACGACCACAACCACAUGUGCAUGGAAGGCCCCGGCGACGAAGAGGUGCCCCUCCACAGCAAAGCCCCCUUGCACCCGGGAGAAGAGUGCCAUACCGUGGGAUCUAAUUCGGACCAGUACAUCUGGGUCAAAAGGAGCCUGAACUGCGUCCUCAAGUGCGGUUACGACGCCGGCCUGUACAGCCGGCGGGCCAAGGAGUUUACCGACAUCUGGAUGGCGGUGUGGGCCAGCCUGUGUUUCGUCUCCACCGCUUUCACUGUCCUGACCUUUCUGAUCGAUUCCUCUCGCUUUUCCUACCCCGAGCGCCCCAUCAUUUUCCUGAGCAUGUGUUACAAUAUUUAUAGCAUCGCUUACAUUGUCCGGCUGACCGUGGGCCGGGAAAGGAUUUCCUGCGAUUUUGAAGAGGCGGCAGAACCUGUUCUCAUCCAAGAAGGCCUCAAGAACACAGGAUGUGCCAUCAUUUUCUUGCUGAUGUACUUUUUUGGGAUGGCCAGCUCCAUCUGGUGGGUGAUCCUGACGCUGACGUGGUUCCUGGCGGCCGGGCUCAAGUGGGGCCACGAGGCCAUCGAGAUGCACAGCUCCUAUUUCCACAUCGCCGCCUGGGCCAUCCCGGCUGUGAAGACCAUCGUCAUCUUGAUCAUGAGGCUGGUCGACGCCGACGAGCUGACGGGGCUGUGCUACGUCGGCAACCAGAACCUCGACGCGCUCACGGGCUUCGUGGUGGCCCCCCUCUUCACCUACCUGGUGAUUGGGACGCUCUUCAUCGCCGCCGGCCUGGUGGCCCUGUUUAAGAUCCGUUCCAACCUCCAGAAGGAUGGGACGAAGACGGACAAGCUCGAGAGGCUGAUGGUGAAAAUUGGGGUCUUCUCGGUGCUGUACACCGUCCCCGCCACCUGCGUCAUCGCGUGCUACUUCUACGAGAUCUCCAACUGGACGAUCUUCCGCUACUCGGCGAGCCUCUCCAACAUGGCGGUGGAGAUGCUGAAAAUUAUCAUGUCCCUCCUAGUGGGCAUCACGUCGGGCAUGUGGAUCUGGUCGGCGAAGACCCUCCACACUUGGCAGAAGUGCUCGAACAGGCUGGUGAACUCGGGGAGGGUAAAACGAGGGGAGAAGCGGGCCGACAGCUGGGCGAAACCCGGGAAAGGGAACGAGACGGUGGUAUAAACUCAAGACUGGCAGCAGGCCAGCAUUGCUCCCUUCCUCCUCUCCCCUCU